GUAGUUUUAAAAGUAAAUUUGUUAAUAUUUAUUUACUUUGCUGUAGAAAUUUGAAUAAAUUUAGUGUUUAGAAUUAUUUAAAAUAUUUAGUCAAAAAUUACAUAUAAGUAAUUUUGAUCUUCCCGUAUCGAAGCGAAUUAAUUUUGAAAAAUUAACUUUUUAUCAGUGUUCGUAAUAUCAAUAUUUGUCUAGGACUUAAAACUUUUCUUAUUAUCUUAGUCCAAGACUUAAAACUUAUCUAGAAUUUAAACUUUUGUUUGUAAAUUAUUUUACUGCCAUGGAACCCGUAGCCAUAAGCUGGUUGAUAGUCUCUUCUAGUUCUCCGCUAGUAGCUGUCCUAGCUCUGUGGACAGUGUAUGUUUUCCAUACGUAUCGCAGGAGAUGGAGAACUGUGGAUUUGUUUUUGCUAGCCGUGACUUCCCAAGAACUUGUAACAUCUAUCUUCAUAUUUUGCUACGCUAUCAUCAGCCUCAUCAAUCCACCCUUCCAGGUACCCUGCAACUUCACCCAGUGGGGUCUCGUAGCUACAAGAACGUUCCAAAUCAGUACCUUGACAUCCAUGGUAGUGGAUCGCGCUCUAACAGUGCGGUGGCCAUACCGGUACCGGUUCAGUGUUAGGAGGAACCAGAUCCGAUACCAUAUUGCUGUGCUAGCUCUGGUUUCAAUACUAGUCGGUGUUGCGGCAAUAUUCGCCAGGCUGCCGAAGGACAACAACAAUAGACUCUGUCAUUUACAUCCAAUACAGUGGGAUACCAGAUAUGUGGUGUUCUUGUUGUCCCUGUACGGUGUCCUCAUGCUAGUGUCCUUGAUCUGCAUGAUACAGGUCGAGAUUCACAGAAGCAAGCAUGGCACCAAGCUAGGUGCAAAUGGUUCUUUCCAGCUUCCGGAAUGUGCCUCUCCAGAACUCCAAUCAGCAACGGGCAUGAACAGUCCUUUGGAUACACAAAGUAGCACCGGGAGUACAAGGGCCUUGCACAGGCCAUCCCGGCAAGCUAGUCGGAGGCCAUAUGGAAAAAAUGCCAAAGGCACGUCUGACUUGAGGUGGCCAUCAGUGGCCCUAGCCUCUUUGCUCUGCUUUUCACUCACCACAUCCCGCAUCUGGUGAGUA